AUGGUUGAGAAGACUUCAUCAAGCCAAGGUGGUAUAGCCGCUCGAGAAAGCAAAGAUACCAAGAUCGCUGACCUGGACCGAAUCUUUGAGCGAAUCUGCAAGCAAGGCAAGCGAAAGGUCACAGUUCUGCUCAAGUUAUUGGAGGAGGUUAAAGAGGACCAGGAGAAGGCUAUGCCGAAGAAUACGAAAGAGAAUAAAAGAGAACAGAAGAAGCCGGAGGACGUCAAGGAGGCAGUCGAUCCUCGUGCCCAGAGGAGGAAAGGUCUGCUCAGAGCCGUACAGCUCUACGAAAGAAGAAUGCUGAAGAAGUGGCACCAACAGCUUUGA